AUGACUUCGCGCGGUGGCGCCGUUUGGCACCUCAAGGAGGUCGUCCUGCAGUACAGCGCCUCGGGCAAUUCCAGCCAGGGCCUUCGCUUCUUCUUCCGCCAUCUUCUUCACCGGUGGAAGCAAAGAAACCCGCAGGUCCUUGUGCACACAGUGGAGAACAAGUACGAGCCACCCAAGGCGAUGUUUAAGUACAUGGGCGAGCGCGCCGACAGUCGCUGCGAGUCGCCUCUGAAGGAUCUCUCACCGGGGCAAAUCGAACAAAUUCUUGACCUCCACAGAAACAGCAAGGGAGACAACCGCUUUCUGAAGCACGGCGGUCCGAGAACGUGGACUGAGCGGAGAAGCAUUCAGGGACUCUGGCGGCCGAGCUUGCCGUCGCAGCUGCUGGCGCUGCGCUGGUUUCACCGAAAGCGACCGCCGAUGCGGCUGCCCAAGUACUCGCCGCUGUCGCUGGCGCUCUCGAUUCAGGCGAUUCGCGGGCACGGCCGUUGGGGAUCUGAGCGCGAGUUCCCCAAGGGCUGGGAUCAGCUGCAUUUGAAGGACGUUCUCUCGCGCCGGCUACUGCCGGAGCGCAGCGAAAAAAAAGCUGAAAACGCAGACAAACGCGAGGUUGCGUAA